CUUCCCCCCAUAGAGCAGACGGGACCGGAAGUGGGGCACGUUGUCGGCCAUAUUGGAAGAGGCAGGAAAAGUCCUGGAGGUGCGGUGUAGUCCCCACGUGGGAGGUCUGUGCGAUUACAUCCAAUGACGUGAUCUGUGCGGUUAUCCCCUCCCCCCUCGAAGACCGUCCGCAGAACGCAGGAACAUGAGCAGCGCCCUGUUCAGCAGUGAUGCGGAGAACGUCAUCCAUCGGGCCCUCGGUGCUCCAGAACUGGGGGCCAGUCGAUGCUCCGAGGGGCCCCUGGAGGAGAUCUAUGAAAUUCAGAGGACUGUCCGGUUUAUUCGGGAGAACGGGGCCAAAAAGGUGGCUCUGCAGUUCCCCGAUGACCUCCUGGUGGAUUCCGUCAACGUUGCCAGGAAACUGGAAGAAGCCACAGGGGCCAAAAUGUACAUGUUGGGGGACACGUCGUACGGCAGGUGAGAUGAUUGACAGGAGAAGGCGUUCCAUUGGCAGUUGCUGUGUGGACGAGGUGGCCGCGGAACACGUUGGCGCUGAAAUCCUGAUACAUUACGGCCGGGCGUGUCUGAGCCCGAGCAACCGGCUGCCCGUCAUGUAUGUCUUUGGCGGUAAAGCGGUGGAUGUGGACCUGUGUGUGGAGAGUUUCCAGAACCUCGUCCCGGACCUCCUGACGCCCGUGGUGGUCUUCAGUGAUGUGCUGUAUGAACAUGUUCUAGGUGAAUUGGAAGCGCGCCUCGCCCGGACGCACCCCCGGGUCACAUUCACGAAGCUCUCCUGGGUCAGCGAUGUUCCUCCUGGUGAGCUCCGCAGGUUUGGCCGCAGCUUCUCCCCCGAUCUGACCCUCUGGCCAGACGCCUACAGCUUCUUCUACGUGGGAGGAGAAGGUCCAACGCUCAGCAACCUCCUGCUCACCUGGCCGCAGUGCCCCUUCUUCAGCUUCAACCCCGAGACCGGGGAGGGCAGGAAGGAAGGACUGAACGUCAACCGCGCCCUGAUGAAGCGCUUCUACCUGAUCGAGAAGGCUCGGGACGCUCAGGUGGUCGGCAUUCUGGUGGGCACGCUGGGCGUGUCGGACUAUCUGUCGGCUCUGGCCCACCUGAAGGACGUCACCCGCCGGGCCGGGAAGAAGAGUUACAUGCUGUCUAUGGGGAAGCUGAACCCGGCCAAGCUGGCCAACUUCCUGGAGGUGGACAUCUUCGUGUUGGUGGCGUGUGCCGAGAACUCCUUGCUGGACUCCAGCGAUUUCUACCGGCCCAUAGUCACUCCCGAUGAGAUGGAGGUGGCCUGUAACCCGGCGCGGGAGUGGGGCGGCUGCUGCGUCACCGAAUUCCGAGAGCUGCUGCCAGGUGGAUCAUCGCACGUUCCGUUCCCUGAUAUUGACCCCGAGGACGCGGACAGAACCGACGUCUCUCUGAUCACCGGGGACUUGAGAUCCGUUCGCAUUUCAGCCACAGAGACCUCUGGAGAGAAGGCGGUGGGGACGGCCCUGGCACAGAGGAACGCGGAGACCACCCUGGCAGAGCUGGGACCGGCCGCCUCGUUCCUGUCCUCCCGGAGUUGGCAGGGAUUGGACAAGUCUCUGGGUCAGACCCCAGUGGUGAAAGCGGUAGAGGGACGCCGAGGAAUCGCCAUCGCUUAUGAAGACGAAGCUCCCAACUAAAAAGGCGUCAUAUCUGGGUGACGUCACGGCGUGGCGCCGCUGCGCAGAGACUUGGAGGUGCGCAAAGCCGUUCAGCUUCCGAAAGAGGGAAACGGGAAUGAAAAAGAGAAAAUGUACUGAGGAGCCCGGAGCCGGUACCGAGGAGGCUGAUCCGACCGCGGGAGCGCCGACCAGUCCGCGGCUGAUUAUAUCGCAGGGUCUGGAUAUGGACGUUCUGAUGUUAUCCUACAGAUAUUAUAAACGCCGACUUUGCCACCAUUUUCUACGACCGUCACUGUGCAAUGUACCCAGCCCCCUCCCUAUGUUCUAAAAAUGAGAGAAGGAGGGGAGGUGUUCUGUAGUCCAGUCUUAGGGGGACAACGCUGCUCCGCCUCCACACUCUGGGACAGAAAGCGUGUUACUGGUGGGAUCACCGAGCGAAAAUAAAGGAAACUAAUUCAUCACA